AUAGGAGCUAUACUCAACCAAAUAACGUGUAUGAGGUGUCCUUGGAUAGACCUUGAAGUGUAGUUUCAUAUUUGAGUCGUCUCUGUUCGAGAGGAGAGAGUCUAUCAUACACAAAUCGAGCUGGAGUGAACUGCUGUCUGUAAACUCGAGCAGUGAGAGUGCUGAAGUUGUUUGGUUGAUAUCUCGAGUUAUACAAAUCCAAAUAAGGCGUGCGAGAUACCAAAAGAAAGCUCUCAAGACUAGGAAUCCGUGAAGGUCUGGUUUGCAUAAAUCGGAGUAGUGGAAGGCUUCCAAAUAGUCCGAGCAAAACGCAACCUCGCAGAAACGGAUCUACUCUUCUAAAGAAACGAGUUAACCGGAAAACACCCAUUCUAGGGGCUGUUUUCGUACCAACGUUUAGGGGUUGAGCUAGCACUUUGAAGAGGCUGUUUAACACUCAUACUUGAGCAAGGAAUCAGUUCCAAAUCCACCUUGACCAAAGCUUUGACCAUUGGACCAAGAAGGGAAAGUUUAAAGCUCAAUUGAGGUUGAGGCUAGAGCUUGCAUCCUGUGCUCGUUGAUCGAGUGAUCCCUCGGAGAGAAGACUUGAAAUGGACCGUGGUGGCAAGAUUACUAGGAGAAAUCCGACUGGUCGUGUACCAGUGGAGACUGGACAGGGCAGUCGAAGAACCUCUAGGGCAUCUAGAGGAGCUGGCCGUGGAGGCCGAUCACAGACCGUGAGUGACGGUCAUGUCGACACGGAAAGUGAAACCUACUGGUCCUAUGAGGACUCGACCUAUCGACCGGAAACUGAACCGGUUGAGACCCCUUAUGAAGGGGAUGAUGAUGAUGUAAGUGAUGAGGAGGAAAAUGGCUCCUUAGCACGGAUUGAAGCACUACUUCAACAGUACCACCGUGAGCGUGAGGAGAGGAGGGAACGCCGAAGGCGCCGGGCUGGGCAACCUUCGGGCAGGGCUUCAAGAGGGAGAAGCCAUGGCGACUCUAGGGCCCACAUUGAACCACAUGAGGGCCGGGGUGAUGGAGGUCCGAUCAUAAGGAUCUCCAAAUAUAUCAAAGAGGCACGAGACUUGGGGUGCAAACCCUUCAACGGAGCAGGUGACAUCUCGGUCGCCGCGGAAUGGAUCAAGAGGUUGAACGAAGCAGCCCUUGAUAUGCAACUCACCCCCGAAUUCAAGCUAAGGGUGGCGGUAAGAUUGCUUGAAGGGAUGGCAUCCACAUGGUGGGACGGAGCCAAGGGGAAGUAUGGCAAUGUUGUGACUUGGGAGAAUUUCCGGCAGGAGUUCUUUGCCCGGUACUAUUCUGAUUUUGAGGUGAACGCUAAGAGAAGGGAGUAUACCCUCCUGACCCAAGGUGGCAAAAUGACGGUGAGGCAACUUGAACACAAAUUCAGGGAGCUCGCGGAGUUCAUACCGGAGUAUGUCUGUGACGAGAACCGGAUGGUGAACCACUUCUGGGAUGCUCUGGACUUGGAAAUACGUGAUAGAGCAACACGUUUGCCCAAGUAGUCGACCAAGGGUUGAACGGGGAAAAACAGUGGGAGGAGAGGAAGAAGAGAGACGCCGAGGAGGCGAAAAAGAGAAAGUGGGAGAGUCAUGGCUCCCAAGGUUCCAACAAAAAGGGGAACCAUGGAGGAGGAUCUUUCCGGGCACCACCGCCACCAUCUAGGGGGAACCAAGGCCCAAGUGGGCAAGGCUCGAGGUCACAGGCCUCAGUGGUAACCCGUUGCAACAAUUGCAAGAAGAACCACUCCGGUAAGUGUCGCGACCCCCCUAGAUGUUUCCAAUGCGGGGAUGUCGGGCAUUUGAAGGCGCAUUGCCCACAAUUGGGUGGGGCAAGGACACCGGGACCGAGCAGUGGUCCUACGGGUACACGGAAUCAAACCGGGGCUUCUCAAGCAAGCCGGGGACAUGAGGGAGCAAGUACGAGCAACGCGCCAUCCGUGAACCAAGGAAGGACCCAGGCUAGGGUCUACGCGAUGACGGAGGCGGACGCUCAAGCUAACCCGGAUUCCGUUGCAGGUUGAGGCUAGAGCUUGCAUCCUGUGCUCGUUGAUCGAGUGAUCCCUCGGAGAGAAGACUUGGUUCGUGCUUCCUCCAUUCUAUUUGAAACAUUAAUGAAUUUGCUCAUGGAUAUUUUACUAUAGAGCCUGCGUGCUCAUGAAUAGCCCUGUGUGGCUCUUUUGUUUUAAACAAUGUUUUCCGCUGCGUUAUGAAUUACUUAUUAUGUUUGUUUAUGGAUGUUAUGUGUGUGAAUGAUAUUCAAGACGCCUUGUAUAAUAUGAAU